UUCCAGGUGUCAGCGGGCUCCUGCUCGGCGUGUGCCUUUAUUUAGUGGAGAGCUGUCCUUCUCGCUGUGCGGUGUGCUCACAAGAGGCGACUGUCUGUCAAGGACUCGCAUAUAUAACAGCUGUUCCCACCAAUACUGAAGUUUUAAUGAUCACAGAUGGAAAUAUAACAUCCAUUGGCGUCACAGACUUCUCUUACCUGUCAAACCUAACCCUGCUUAGAUUAAGCAGCAACAAAAUCCAGGAGAUCCAAGCUGGAGCUUUUCUAAAGCUCACCCAACUGAGGUCUCUAGUGCUGGACAACAACCAACUAUCUGCUGCAUCAGUCAGCAGGGAAACUUUCCUCCCACUCCGAAAUCUGGAAACCCUGCAGCUAAACAAUAACUACUUUGCCAGCAUCAGUGGUACAUGGUUUGAAAGCACAAAGCGUCUGAUUAAGCUGGAGAUAAAUCAGAAUCAGAUUACAAAGCUCACCCAUCACAGCUUAGGGCCUAACGCAUUUCGCAGCCUUGAACAUUUGGACCUAUCAAGCAAUUUUAUAAGUUCCAUCCAAGAGGAGACUUUUCUCGGGCUGGAGCAUCUGAGGGAGUUGGACCUCUCCAAGAACAGGCUGACGAAACUUCCAGGCGUAUUCUCUUCCCUAUCUCAUCUUUCCCUCCUCAACUUGGGCCAGAACCGCUGGAACUGCACCUGCGAACUUCAUGAGUUAGCGCAUUAUUUAAGGAAUUAUACCUAUUCUACAUCACGGAUCCUGAGAAACAGGAACGGUCUACGCUGCAUUUAUUCCAGCAAUCCAGGGGUCAAAUCUCUGCUGCAGCUGACAGAGUGGAACUGUGCGCCCAGAUCAUACAAUAUCUCCGCCUCAUCCAGGGAAGGAGACCGAGGAUAUUUCAGGGAAGCAAUUUUUAUAACAAUCUUAGUUCUCGCAGGAGUAAUUGCUGCAUUAUUUCUGAUCAUCUUCCUCAUCGCCGUAAAAUGUAAUCUCCGGCCACGCGAUUCUACAGAUUCGACAUGCUGCGGUUCUGCGGAAGCCAGAGAUUUCCCUGGAAUAAGAAGCCACGUCCCCAAGAUCCACGUAUCCCAAGCGAAUAAUGGCGAUGUCGUGUCCUUUGUUGACCCUGCCAGGAGUCAUAAUCCCUACAUGAAGAAGAACACUGGCUCAGUACUCCUGGGACACAAUCCGGCGGGGUCGGGCAAGUCUUUCCGAGCCAGCAGCAAAGAGAACGUGCCAGGGAGUUACUACGUCUGUUUCCGCUGUCGCUUGGUCCAGUGGCGUCCCACCUGCCCCCCAGUCAUGUCUGACGCUGAAGGGGCCGGAUCCAUUUCAAACCGCAUUCAAGGGAUUACUUAUAAUAAAAAACACUUUGUGCGCGGUGCUCCGUGGGCUGGUGCAACCACAGCUGCCAUACAGGGAUUGUCACGGUGUGACCGAGGUGCGACAAGUAUCAGAGGAUCGUUCCCUCCUCCUCCCAGCGUCUUGCCCGGCGUCAAAUCUGACGACACUCGCAAACCGGAUCCAGUCUACAGUAUCCUAGAGAGAGGACCAAGGAAGCUGGUUUCCUACUAG